AUGGAGAUAGAUGCCUGGUUCCGAUAUUACUUCCAGCACCCGUGGUCGCGCCUCAUCGUGGCGUAUCUCGUCACGUUCUUCAACUUCCUGCUCUUCGCGGAGGACCCCAUCUCCCACAGCCAGACCGAGGCCCACAUGGUCGUCGUGGGCAACUGCUUCUCUUUCCUCUUCAACAAGUAUCCGGGCUCGGGCUGGAACGUGCUCAAAGUGGUCUGCUGGAUCGCCGCCGUCAUCGCCGGACUGCUCGCCGGGAAGUUCAUAUUCCACCGUCAGCUCUUCGGUGAGUGA